AAUUCUCAUUUUGGAGUUACGAGAUGGAGAAUCGCACGUACAUUGAUAGGCUUCCUGACGAGCUUCUCAUCCGCAUUCUAUGGCAUUCCUCGAACCCGCCAUCGUCUUACAAAUCUGACAGUGACGCUUUAUGGUCCUCACUGGAUCUGCAGCCGAACUACUUCUACGCGAAUUCUUCAGCCGAGAAAGACGGCAGCCAGGAAGACAAGGCCCUGCCGACGCUGGCGUCUACUCGCUCGACGCUACGUCUCCUCGCUUCUCGUUGAAAAGGAUCGCGUCGUUUCGCUCCAAGAUCUCUCCAACUCCGUGUCUUGCUUUCCGAGCCUCACCCAUCUCCAUCUGGAAAACGACAGCGUGGAGGCGCUUGACGACGCGUUCCACGCUCACCUCGCAUCUGCGUGUCCGAAGCUGACGGUUCUUCAUGUGGGUUACAGGAUCACGCCGUUUAGCUACGACGCCAGAAAGCAUCUCCAUCCGAUUACCGAAUCUGGUCUGGACCAUUUCUUCAGGCAUUGUCAAGCCUCGUUCGCCUCUCAAGCCUUACAAGCCUCUCAGUCUCCUCCAGAACAACUGUUCACGGCUCUGCUGCUUUCGCCUUCUCGCAACUCGCUUCUCUAAAGUCGCUGGAAUUUGGGGGAUUCGGUCCCAGUUUCAACAUAUUGUUUCCUUCAGCGGCGCCUUACAAAAGCCUGGAAAAUCUGCUGAUUUCUUACUGCGACCAGCUGGAGCGGUUUCCUGAUGACUUUGGAGAGCUGCUGCCAUCUCUCCGAAACCUGACCAUCCGCGAGUGCAACAAUAUAACCCAUCUGCCCGGGAGCUUGGCUUCUCUCAGCUUUUUGGAAAGCCUGAAAAUUUCCACGUGCUUCUUGUUCGAAGACCUGCCCGGAAACCUGGGGCAGCUGCCUGCCCUGAAAACCUUGAUUCUGGAUGAUCUGCAUCUGUCGAACCUCCCUGACUCCCUCUGCAAGCUACCCUCUCUAAAGACACUUUUUUUGAUUCAUUGCUGCCAGAUUCAGCAGCUGCCAGAAGCCUUUUCCAACCUGACAUCUCUCGAAACACUCUGCGUCAUGCACUCUACGCAACUGGUGGUUCCGGAAGACAUUGGAGAGCUGACUAAUCUCCACACGCUUGCUUUGAAUGAGAGCCUCGUGCAGCCGCUUCCUUGUUCCUUCACCCGGUUGACAUCCCUGACCAGACUUGAGCUGGAUGACUGCUGGAUUGAAGUCCUUCCUGCGGAUAUUGUGAAGCUGACCAGCCUGCAAGAGCUGUACAUCCAUGACUGUCCAAUCAGGGAGCUUCCAGAGUUAGUCACUGCUCUCACCAGCCUUGAAAUUCUGUCGGUUGGUUCCUGCAGUCAGCUCUCUUCAGUGCCUAGCAGGCUGGAUGCGCUCGGGAGGCUCAAACGGUUGGAAGUGACCAAGUGCGGAGUGCUCACGCGUCGGGCUUGCACCAGCUGCGAAAGCUGGAGAUUUUCCAUGUAGAGGGGCUGCUGGAGCUUCCACCGAGUAUCACCUCGCUCCAGCAUCUAACCUGCUUGGAGAUCUGGGCUCCCAAGGCG